UUCAAGGAGAAGUUCCGUUCGCCACAGUGUAAAAAUGGCUGAGGUUGAUUUCGGGGAUAGUGAGCUCUUUCAGCAGCUUGAGGACUCUGAAGCUUUUGGCCCUCCGAGGCAUAUUCACUUCACGAGUGAUGAUGAAGAAAAUCAAGAUGAGUCGAACCUACUUCGGAUUAAGCUCGAAGAGUAUGAAGCCAACAUUCAGAAACUUUCUGAGGAGAAUAGAGUUUUACAACGGAAAUUGAACAUCUUGACUCGACCAAGCGGUAUCACAGUUGAAGAUGUCGGCAUAGAUGGCCCAUUACUUCAAAUCCUUUAUGCAAAUAACAUCAUAUCAAAGCAAUGUCGUCAAGAAAUUGAAGACUGUGUCUGCAGCGUGAUCUUAAAGCACCAGAAACCAAACGGUGAAAAGCAGAAAACGUUCUAUUUGAAACCCCAGAACUCAGCUUUUACUUUGGAUGAAGAUCCACAGAAGAUGGCCACCAGUAGUGUGAGAACAACAACAGAAGCCUUUAAAGUGGUCGGAAGUGUUUUAUAUUUUGCUAGCUUUAGUGUUGACAAGCUUGGACAGCCUCUGGUGAAUGAAAACCCACAGCUGACCGAUGGAUGGGAUGUUCCAACCUACCUCCAGGUAUUCAACCAGGUGAUUGGAGCUGAGGGACAGGAAAUAGAAAUGAAAGACAAAAGACCGAAGUCUAUGUGUUUCAACUGCGGCUCAAGCAGCCAUCAGAUCAGAGAUUGUCCAAAGCCUAAAGACAUGGCUGCAAUAAAUGAAAGAAGGAAGGAGUUUAAUCAGAACAACCAGGGUAUGCAGUGUAACCAGCGAUACCACGCAGAUGAAGUGGAGGAGCGGUUUGCCAGAUUUAAACCUGGAGUCAUUAGUGAGGAGCUGUUGGCAGCCCUGGGCGUUAAAGGCAACACUCUCCCUCCUCUGAUUUAUCGGAUGAGACAGCUGGGCUACCCACCAGGUUGGCUCAAGGAGGCAGAAAUGGAAAACUCUGGCUUAUCACUGUAUGAUGGAAAUGCAUCAAAUAAUGGCAGUGAAACACAGAGCAGCGCUACACAAAACAUCUCUUAUGAUGUUUCCAAACUGGUGGAUUUCCCCGGCUUCAACGUGCCUGCCCCUCAUAAUUUAAAAGAUGAGUUCAUGCAUUUUGGCUCAAUUCCCAUGCAGAGCAGCCACAUGAAGAACAACUAUGCAGCAUACCUGUCCAACAACUUUCCUCUGCCCGGUGCCUCCAGCAACAAAAGACAACAAGAAUCUGACUCUUCUCCACAGCUGAGGAAGAAGACGAGGCCUAGCCCUGAUUGCAGUUCAGACAGAAGUUCAGACAUGGAUAUCGAGUCCGAUCCAGGAACAACUUAUCUCGGGUCUGGUGACUUCCACUUCCAACCACCGCUACCACCUGGCUCUCCUUGCUUCAGUUCACCCCCUCCUUUACCAGAGGGCACCCCCCCUUCUACACCCAAUCCUCCACCUCUCCCAAAAGGCACACCUCCACCAACACCCACCAACGGCUCCCCUGCUCUGCAAGGGGGUACCUGGACAGUAGUUGAUGAGCAAGUGGAGGAAGCAGAAGAUGAACUGACUCUGGAGGAGCUGGAGGAGCAGCAGAGGUUGAUCUGGGCAGCUCUGCAAAAUGCAGAUUCAGCCACUAAUAGUGACAGCGAGACGCCAGCGUUAGGAACACCUGUGCCCAGUUCACCAAGUGUUUCCACACCCGCACGCACAGACACAGAAAUGGAGGAGGUUGAAGAGUCAGCGGACAGAGCAACAGCUGCUGAACCUAGUGACRGUAGUGAAAAUCAACAGAAAAUGGAGGUACAAGAGAUUGUCACUGAAGACCCUGGACCARUCAAAGUUAAGGAGGAGAGUCCUCAGAGUCCGGAGCCUGUCAAAUCCCAAGAAGAUACCCCUCAGAGCCCUGAUCCAGAGACAUCUAAUGUGGAGGCUGAAGAUGUUUCUUCUCAGAAGCUGGAAGAAAAGAUUACUGCUGUUCCUCAUCGAAGCAAGUUUGCAGCUGGCAUCGUUCAGUUUGAAGACACCCCUGAAUUCACAGAGGUGGCUGAAGCUACAGGAACGUACCUGAAGAUCAGAGAYUUACUCAAAAGUUCUCCUCGCAGUUUGGCAAAGAAAAAAUAAAUCUUUCAUCUUGAUUCAGAAUACACAAAAAUGAACAGAAUCUGAGACUUCCACUUUUAUCUUCACUAAGUUUCAAGUCCUUUUUUAUAUAAGAGCAGAGAGUCUUUUAGGAUGGCUGCCACACAAGUGAACAGCAUCAUUACAUCUUGUGCUUAUUUCAUU